UUGCCAUCGAGCCGCGUCUGGCUGCCGUGCGCUGGUGCAGGUGCUCUAUUUCAUCGAGAGAGGAUGCGAAAGGAAAGAAGGGGAGGGAAAGAAUGAAGGGAACCGUCGGAGAAAAGUAUGCAAGGCAUGAAUAAAAGGGUAUCAGCAGCUGACAGUGUGUCUAACGUCCAGGGGCUCGGCUAAGAAUGAUUUAUUGAAAGGGGCACUUUGAGAUAUGAUGAGGUUUCUCUCUGGUUGGCAAUAGUACUAUGAUUUGGUAUGUGGCCACUUUGAUAGCAAGUGUAUUCAGCACCAGAGGAACAGCUGCUCAAGGUGCCCACGGAGUCAGAGAGGAGCCCCAGUUUGUGACGGCCCGUGCAGGGGAGACUGUGAUUCUGGGAUGUGACGUGGCCCACCCACUCAACGGCCAGCCCUACGUGGUGGAGUGGUUCAAGUUUGGAGUGCCCAUCCCCUUCUUCAUCAACUUCCGCUUCUACCCUCCUCAUGUGGACCCCGAGUACGCCGGCCGAGCCAGCCUGCAUGGCAAGUCAUCUCUACGCAUUGAGAGGGUUCGCUCGGAAGACCAGGGCUGGUACGAGUGCAAGGUCCUGAUGCUGGAACAACAGUACCACACCUUUCACAACGGCAGCUGGGUGCAUCUCACAGUCAACGCUCCCCCAACUUUCACGGACACGCCGCCGCAGUAUGUGGAAGCCAAGGAGGGGGGCAGCAUCACUCUUAGCUGCACGGCCUUCGGGAAUCCCAAACCUUCAGUCAGCUGGCUCAGGGAGGGAGAUCCCGUACAGGACAGCAGAAAGUAUAAGGUGAGUGAUGGCAGCCUGACGAUUGUUUCCAUCAGCCGUGAGGACAGGGGAGCGUACACAUGCCGAGCGUACAGUGAGCAGGGAGAGGCCGUCCAUACCACACGCCUACUUGUCCAAGGACCCCCAUUUAUUGUUUCACCGCCAGAGAACAUAACCGUAAACAUAUCCCAGGAUGCAUUCUUCACUUGUCAGGCUGAGGCGUAUCCUGGCAAUCUAACGUACACCUGGUUCUGGGAGGAAGAUAACGUCUUCUUCAAGAAUGAUCUAAAGCGCAGAGUGAGUAUUCUCAUCGACGGUUCACUCAUCAUCUCCCAGGUAAAACCUGAGGAUGCUGGGAAAUACACCUGCAGCCCGAGUAACAGCCUUGGGCGCCCACCUUCUGCAUCAGCGUACCUGACAGUGCAUUACCCUGCCCGUGUGGUAAACAUGCCGCCCGUUAUUUACGUGGCCAUCGGACUGCCGGGGUACAUCCGCUGCCCGGUGGAUGCCAACCCGCCUGUCACUUCAGUGAAGUGGAAAAAAGACGGCCUGCCUCUGCGGAUAGAGAAGUACCCUGGCUGGAGCCAAAUGGAAGAUGGGAGCAUUCGAGUGUCUGAGGUGACAGAGGACUCUCUCGGCACCUACACCUGCGUGCCUUACAAUAGCCUCGGUACGAUGGGACAGUCCCCUCCCGCCCCUCUGGUGCUAAAGGACCCACCCAAGUUUCUGGUGGUUCCUGGAGGGGAGUACAGGCAGGAGGCUGGUCGAGAGCUGGUCAUCCCCUGUGAGGCAGAAGGAGACCCAUUCCCCAACAUUACAUGGAGAAAGGUAGGGAAGCCCAGCAGAAGCAAGCACAACGUCCUACCGAGAGGCAGCUUACAGUUCAAAUCUCUCAGCAAGGAGGACCACGGGGAGUGGGAGUGUGUCGCCUCCAAUGUCGCCACGAGCAUCACUGCCAGCACGCACCUCCUAGUAAUCGGCACAAGCCCACACGCCCCCGCCAAAGUCCACGUUUCGGUCUCGACGACCUCGGCCAAUGUCUCGUGGGAACCCAGUUACGACGGCGGCUUUGAGCAGACAUUCUCAGUCUGGUACGGCCAUGUGGUGAAGAGGGAGCAGUUAGGACCGCAUGACUGGCUGUCCAUGCCUGUGCCCAGCGGGCAGCACUGGCUCCUGGUGCAAGGCCUUGAGCCCGAGACGGCCUACCAAUUCAGCGUCCUGGCCCAGAACAAGCUGGGGACGGGCCCGUUCAGCGAGGUCGUCACUGUGAACACACUAGUAUUUCCUAUAAGUACCCCAGAACCACUGGUGCUGCUUACCCCACCACGGUGCCUCACAGCCAACCGGACACAGCAGGGAGUCCUACUCACUUGGAUCCCUCCAGCCAAUCACACGUCGCCAAUUGAUCACUACAUCAUGGAGUUCCGCCUCGGGGAGAGGUGGGAUGUUCUUGAUGAUGCAAUCCCUGCAGGAGAGACAGAGCUGUUGGCAAGAGACCUGGUUCAGGAGGCCUGGUAUGAGUUCAGAGUGAUGGCGGUUAUGGAGGACCUUGUCAGUGAGCCCAGUAAUGUAGUGGGAGUCUCCAGCACAGACUACUUCCCGCCGCCUGAGGUGCCAGACGAGGGGCUGGCGCGGCCGGUGGUGGCAGGCAUUGUGGCCACCAUCUGUUUCCUGGCAGCAGCCAUCCUCUUCAGCACGCUAGCGGCCUGCUUCGUCAACAAACAGAGAAGGCGUAAGCUCAAGCGGAGACGAGAUCCCCCUCUGUCUAUAACACACCUCAGAAAGAGCGUGGAGACUCCGAGUCCUCUUACCCCUCUGCCUGGCAUAGAACCUUACUGGGAAGGGCAGGAGAGGAGCAGCUACAGGCCUCCGCCCGCCAGUCCUCUAUCAUCUUCUGGAAAGGUUAGUCCAGAAAGUAUCCGUUCCAUUGGACCUCCUUCGGAGUCCUCCGAGGAUGGUUUACGAGCUAAGAAGUUUCCUCAAAGUCCUGCCAAGGAGAAGGAGCUGUCCUUAUACAAGAAGACCAAGAGAGCAAUAAUUAGCAAGAAAUAUAGCGUCUCCAAGCAUGAGGCGGAGGCUACCACGCCGAUCGAAUUGAUCAGUCGUGGUCCAGAUGGGCGCUUUGUCAUGGAACCUUCGGAUGCGGAAACUCCGGUUAAGGCACGGCGCAUUGAGGGCUUCCCCUUCGUGGAGGAGUCUGACCUGUACCCUGAAUUUCGUCAGUCAGAUGAGGAGAAUGAUGAUCCGGGGCCCAUGCCGCCGAUGAUGGCUACCCUCAGACCCCAUCAGAUCUCCCCCAUUUCUUCUAGCCAGGAGUCUUACUUGCAGCCCCCAGCCUACAGUCCCCGCUUCCAGAGGCCCAUGGAAGGCAUGACUAUCAUGGAGACGAGUCGACUCCAGGCUACAGGGCAGAUUCGUGGUGCUCCUCAUUUCCGAGCCUUUUCGCAUGGCCAGUUCUACAGCUACUUGGGAAGUCCAGGGGAACCUGAGCCUCCGCCUCCCUUCUACAUGCCAGACACCAGCCCUCUCAGCUCAGUAAUGUCUUCUCCUCCUUACCACCUGGAGGGACCUUUCGGUCAUCCCACCAUCCCGGAGGAAAUCGGUGAGGGAGAGAUUCAGCAUUAUGCAGUCUCUGGCUACACCCUCCCCUUGGCGCACCCCUCCACCUCACGCUCUCCAGACAUCUGGCAGCGACCCGAUUUUACCUUUGCCACAAUCGAGGGUCCUCACUUUAUUUUUCCACCUCCGCACCCUUUGCAUCUUCAUCCGGAGCCUCCCCUUCCUCCCCCUCUUGUUCUUCCUCCUAGUGCCCUCCAGCCCUCCGCCCUUCAAGUAUCUCCUUACCCUGGUAUCCUGCAGCUGGAGGCCCCAAAGAGCCGCCCAGGCAAGUCUCCCAGCAAGGUCAAGCCUCAGGGCCUUCCAGCCAAGCGUUUACCUAUGCAAGAGGCACAGAGUCUAGGGCAGCUAAGACACACAAGCCACGGUAUGGGUGUACCGGUAUUGCCUUACCCUGACCCGGUGUCUCACAUGGUUGGCCCAAGCUCGUUCGGAAGCCUGGAUACCCGAUGGUACGAGCUUACGCCCAGGCUUAGCCCCAGGCAGCCCCGUAGGAUGGAACCCAGCAUGGUAGUUCUCCAGCCAUCCCGCCUCUCACCUCUCACCCAGAGCCCUAUUAGCUCCCACGAAGGAUCACCGGAGAUCGUAGUGCGCCCCAGGCCCCGUCCCAGUGUCAUCCAACCCCCGAUCCCUCCCGAGAUGUCUGAGAUCACCCUUCAACCUCCUUCUUCAGUUAGCUUCUCUAGGAGGUCCUCCCCCUCCUCCUCUCCCGCUCAAGGCCAAGGCAGCCGAAGGGCAAGUCCCAGCUUCCGAUCCCACAUGGCGUUUGCCACCUCAGCAGCAAGCUAUCCGUCACAGUCCCCUUCACCUCCUGUAGAAAGCAGCAACAUUUUUGGGCAGAUGCCAACCCAGAGGAGGACUGAGGAGGAGAUCCUUCCAUCAGAACCCUCUCCACCCCAGUUAUCAGCUUCAGGAAAACGUCGAGGUGCAUCAAGUGGCUCUGCAGGGUCUGAGAGGAUAGAAGCACUGAGAUAUCAACGAGUGAAAAAAGCCAAGAAAGUCGGCAUCAACAAUAACAACUCCAAGACCAGACGAAAGAUGGGUGUGCCCCCCUCUCAGACCCAGCAGCCCCACACCUCUCAGGUCCUCCAGCCAGAAGAAGCUCUCUACCUCCGCAAGAAGAAGAAAAAGUUGACUCGCCAGGACCCGUACGCCCGCUUCUCCGCUCUGCUGUACCGUCGCCCACCCCGAGAAGACCAGAAAGCCAUUUUGGCUAGUAUGGACACAGCAGACCCAGACCACGCCACUCUCCUCUGAAGUCCCAGAGAUUACAGGCCACACUCUCCCCAAACUCUGAGCUCCUUCCACCUUCGCUCAGCCAGCCAAUGUCUUCACGUCCACACCCGACGCCAACGGUUUACUCCUCUUCUCGUUUCCGUUACGCUUAAUGUAUCACAAGAAAAUGCUUGUGUUCCAAGGUUUUGCUCUAGUCCAUUUACCUCAAAUUCAGAAGGAUCGGUCAUCUCGAGCAGAUUAAAAAGAAUAUCUUAUAUGCCUCAACUUAUCUUUGGGAUUUAGUGACUCUUAUCAGAUGGUGCGUCAGAUAAGAGCACAGCUGUCAAGCUUCUGUUUCAUUCUGCCAACAGUCUCGGCCAUAUCUAGCAGUAGAUCACAGGGUUUCUCACAGGUAUACCUCAAACUCACCACAAUCUCAGUGCUGCUAUACUGACAAACGCAGUAGGCGUUAGCAAUCUGAACAUUUGUAUUUUCAAAUAUGACAUUCCACAGUGCAAAUUUCGAACAUAUUAGCAAAUCAUCCAUGAAAAGUGCAAUGCACACUACCAUUUAAAAGUUUGAGGUCGGUAAGAUUUUGUUGUUUUUGAAAGUGCAUUUAUUUGAUCAAAAAUACAGUAAAAACAGUAGUAUUUUGAUGAAAGAUUUGAAUAUUUGAAGAAACAUUUCUUAUUAUUAUCAAUGUUGAAAACAUUGAUACAAAAAGAACAGCAUUUAUGUGAAAUACAAAUCUUUUCGAAAUGUCACUUUUGAUCAUUUUAAAUGUGUCCAUGCUAAAUAAAAUAUAAUUUCUUUAAAAAAAUCUUACUGACCCCACAUUUUUAAAGAGUAGCAUAUGAACUUGUAACAUAUAUUUGCACCAUGGCUGUUAGUAAUAAUGGUAUUACACAUGAUAAUGCGUGUGUUUCAGAUGUUGUAAGCAUUCUCUACUCUCACACUUACAAUAAUACUAAUUCUCCACAUUUGAGGAGAAAAUGGAAACACUUUUUUACAAAGCACAACAAUUCAGCUAUUAAAGCUACAGUACAGACGGAGACACAGGCUUGGAUGGCAAUGGCAACCAUUUGAAUAAGGGAACAUUUCAUUCCAAUGCAAUUUUUGAUAUGUGUACUCAAUUACAGAAGCUGCUAUAUAUCCUUCUACACUUUUUGAACACAAACUUGCACUGAAGCAAAACCUUGGUGACUACUGUGAGUGACAUUUUUAGUUGACGUCAACCUCACUUCUCAAGCUCUAUUCAGAAAGUACUAUAGUAAUGCCAAAAAUACUACAGCUUCCUUAAUCAAUAAGACUAUAAAGUGUACUGUACUGUGAGGAGGAUAGGAUUUUGUGCCAUAAUAAACUAUAGUAUUUUUGUCAUCAAAAUGCGAUGCCCCCUUACAUAAAAAGGCAUAUGUUAGCCUUAAUAGGGCUCCUUAAUGCUUGUUCCUGUUGUUUUGAUUUUCCGUUUAAGUGACAAAAGUGAAAUCUACUGCCUUUGUAGGCCAUUUUCGAGCCUUUUUUGUUUUUUGGUUAAACCAAAAGUGGCAAUCCAGCGCCUGUCUCUCUCCGUGAAGACCCUUGGGGGAAAAUCUCUUUGGGAUGAGAGGGCUAUUCCCAGCGGCCAAAGGUUUUUAUUGUGUUUUUAUCAUCCAACGGUGCUUCUUUUCUACAGAAAGACAUGUAUUUUCACUGUCUAAACAGACAUACCUGGGCAAAUGUACAUUUUAAGCGUGCUAGCCAUUGUCCAAGGGGGAUGUAAAUGGCCGUCAGACGAGAAGUGGCAUGUUCUGUGUCUUAUCACUUGUACAGAUGUGCAGUCAGUUUUUUACAUUUGAAAAAUGUCUAAAACUGCAUCAAAUGGCUGAACAUUGUACUGUUUCUUCAGCCUGGGAAAAUCAAAUCGAAAAGCAAGUGAAGGUGAACCCUUGACCUCCAGAUUGCAGGUUAUGGGUGUGUGGUUCAUGGCUAAACCUCUCCCAGUGGCCAAUCACCACAUUAAAGGCAUUUUAACAGCCUACGUAAGGUGCUAUAAAAAGUCUUCAGACUGAACUCUGUUAAUAAUAUAUCAUUAAUUUGAUCUUCCAGCAGAUAACGGCUGCUGCUUAUAGGUGCCGUCACAUUAGCGAAACUUGGUUUGUUGUCUAUUACGAAUAGUGAAGUCACUUUCAAACCAAGGAGCUUUCUGGUAAGGUGUGGUCACAUUUAAUGUUGUUUGGCUAAUUCACACGUAUGAUGGUUAAAGAUUUCGUCAUAGCAGAUUUCACGGAUUUGACCAUCAAAAAUCUGUUUGGUUUCAAAGUGACGUCUGCGCGAGCUGCGACAGACAAGAAGUUUCACCGAAAUUUUGCAAAUGUGACUGCACCUUAUAUCCUGAACACCUCAGUAUUUGAUGUUUUAGGAUUUCAACAUCAUCCUGCAUCUGUCCGAUAAGCUUUCAAGUGCGGUCACAUUGACAAGACAUUUUAAUUCACCUUAUUCUUCAACGCGGAGGUAAGCAUAUGGGCGAGACUUCCGGUACGUUAGCUGCUUUAGGGAAAUAACCAGUGUUGCCAAGUUGGGCUACUUUAAAACUAUUGCAACAGGUUGUUUUUCAUGUCCGCGGGCUAAAGCGACCUCGAAAACGUGAUAUUUAGCCACUGGAAUGCGAAUUUUACCAAGGGGAACCCUACCAAAAAAAUGUGUAUUUUACCCCUGUAAUGCGUUGUGAAAACCUGGCAACCCUGGAAAUAACCAGAAUAAAACAAUGCACAGUAAACGGUAAAACGGUUUCACUACAAACCAGUGUGUUCACAAUUAAGGUAAUACGUUAAAAUAAUAUUGUAAGACACACCAAUUUGCAAUAUCAAGCAGCAAAACGAGCUGUUUUGUAACGCUAAAGACCCAUAAAAUUUACAAACGGCUGCACCCUGAGAAAAAUAAGGUGGAUAGAAAUCCUCACGUUAGGAAGUUUCGUGUGAGGAUUAAAGAUUUCCCCACGUAGAUUUCGAGUUGGUUAUGGGAUUCGCCACGUUGACCAACCUAAACCUCACCGGUUUGAAAGUGAUUUUUGUCAGAGCUGUGCUACGUACAUACGUACUUCUAUAAAAGUUUGUUAAUGUGACCGCACUUUAUGCAGCCUGCUGUGGCGUUUUGAGGGUCAUCAAUGAUAUCGACAUUCAUACUUGACUAGCAUCGGAGCGUUAAACAUUAGCGAGCGUGAGUUUCAAGCUCGGAAGCAAACGUCCGUUGGGAAGCUACGCUGUCGUUGCAGCUGCCGUGUGGUAAAGAUUUAAUUCAUUUGUUUGGAUGUAACGUUGGCUUAUACGUGACAGACCAGCGCAUCAAGUGCUCCUUUGCACCUUUUAGGCGUCAGAAAAGGUCAGCCUUUGUGGAAGAUGUUGAUUUGGAUAAGGGGAUUGAUUGUCAACGAGUCAGACACCAUUUUAAGCUUUUAGCGAUUCUGAGCUAGACAUGUUUUAUUUAGCAUUGCGCCGUGAGACCUGCUCAGAUUCCCGAACCGUGAUUGAGCCGUCAUUUGUAUGUUGUGUGAAUGGCUUUACAUUUUUAGCAAAGACUUGAUUGUUCAUACUUGUAGUUGUUUUAUUUGUAAAUCAAGUAACCAGAUUAGAUGAGGCCUACUUGCUAAAGUUACAGUAGGUAUUCUAUGUGUGUGUGUGUGUGUGUGUGUGUGUGUGUGUUAAAGACGCACUGUUUUAGGUAGGUAGAGGCGACUGAUCAUCUCGUUCAUUCGGGAGAUCUGCUUAUCUUAAGUAUUUUUGAUCCAUUUCACUGGGCAAUUGUCAAAUGGUGCUUUCUAAAAAAAAAAUACGACUAUUUAAUGAUCUAAAUAUUGUGUUCCUUUUUUAUUUAAAGCCUUCAUACAAGAGAAUAAUAUCGAAAUGAAUAUCCAAAAUGCUAGGAAUGUACUGUAAUAUGUCAAAAAAAAAAAACUGUAUAUAAUAUAAUAGCAUAUAUUGCACAAUGUAUUAUAAAAUUUUAGUAAUUUUGAAUAAAUUGGCCAAUAUAUGCACGCAACAGAAUAUAUUGAUAUAAAACAUAUUGUCAUAUUUUGGAUUCAGUUUCUAAUGUUACUUUUUCAUGAGGGUUGGAAUGCAUGAGAGCAUUUUUGAGCCAAAAGAGCUAUUUAUGUGUUGUAAAUGAUUCAGUCCACUUGCAUUCACUCUCACGUUGGAUUUGCAGCCUGUUUAUUUUGUCGGUGAAUGUUUUUUACGUCGAAACCCGAAAGGAUACCAGUCUAGCUCACGUUCUGCUUUGCAGGGGACUUCUGCUACUGUAGCAUCAAUCGUUGAACAGAUUGGCUAACUCUAGAGCGGCCGGAUAAAUGAGCUGUUUGGGGAUUUUGAGAGGUAAUUAAUGCUAACUUGAUUCGACUCAUGGGCGGUGUAAGAUGAGAUUCAUUGUAACAGAUUCUUGAGCUUGAUGAAAUGAACCUUUAUCUUUUUAGUAGCAUUAUAGACGUGGUAGAGAUUCUUUCAAGCAUUAGUCGAUUUAUUUAUUAUUAUACUGUACUGAUUUUAUAUGCCAUUUAUAUCUAUAUGAUGGUUAAAACAUCUCAAGAUCAGCGUUUUUUCCAUUCCAGAUCAUUCUGAGGUGCAUAAUUUUUAAUAAAAACAUCUUCAUAAAUCUCUGUUCCUUUGUUUUGUUUUGUUCUCAUCAUCUCAUAUGCUAGCAGCAUGUUUCGCUUUGCAUCUUCUAGUUUUUCUUUCCUGUUUACAUCACAUUCACAUUUAUGUUCUGAGCGGACACUUGCUUACCAAAGCAACUUACGAGAAAGUGCAAAUUUUGCAGAACUGGCAAAUGCCUGAAUAUUACUUCGUCUUGGAAUGAAAGAUGCUUUAUUCAUAACCAAACUGGUUUUAGCUGGUCUGUUGAUUGUUUAGUCGCAGAAGAUGUUUGGAUGCUGAUUUAUGCCUCCGUUGGUACUUUAGCUGCUUGCUUCUGGUCACAGAAAAAAAGAGCUAAAAUGUUUGAAAUGGAAAGUCUAGACUAGAGAAGUUUUUGAGAGUCUAACCCUGUUUUAUUAUAUACAUGUUUACAUAAUAAAGAAUAGAUUUGUAUUUAUUACCUUUUUAGCAUGGUUUUGGGAUUUUGCUGAAUGUUACUGAACCAAUCAAUCAUGAUAUGGGUGCAACAAGAUAUGAUAUUAUUUAUUUACUUAUCAUAUAAUAUUUGAUUAUAGUUGUUUAUUAUAUUUGUUUCAUUUAACAGAAAAACAUUGCACAAAAAACUGCCACUAGAUACACAAUUCUGUCAUUUACACACCUUCAUGUUGUUCCAGAGUUAUAUUCUUUUGUGUAACAAAAAAGGUGUUUUGAAGAAUGUCUUUUGCUUUCACAGAAGAAAGUGAAAAACAUAAGGGAGGUAAAUGACUUUUUGAGUUUUUAUUUUUAACAUCGCAAUGACACCACUUUAUGGAUGCCCAUUUCCGCCACUGAUAAAAAAUUUUAAAAAAGGAAAUUGCACCAAUUUAUCUCACAGUUCUGACGUUUUUUAUUUUUUCUUCAUGUUUUUCUCAGAAUUGUGAGAUAUAAACUUACAGUUGUUGUGAGUUAUAAAGUCAGAAUCACAAGAUAUAAACUCGAAAUUCUGAUUUUUUCCACAGAAUUGCGUGAUAUAAACUAGCAAUUGCGAAGUAUGAAGUCAGAAUUGUGAGACAAACUUUUCUCAGAAUUGCAUGUUGAUAUAUCGCAAUUCUGACUUUAUAACACUUUUUGACUUUAUAAACACUAAUAGCAAAUGCGAGUUAUUAAAUCAGAAUUGUGAGAUAUAAACUCGCAAUUCUGCAGUCUUUUUUCUCUCAAAAAUGGACUUUAAAUCUUGCAGUUGUUUGUCACAAUUCUGAGAAAAAGUUGAGAUAUAAACUCACAUUUUCAAGAAAAAAGUCAGAAUUGCGAGUUUUUAUCUCGAAAUACUUUUUCUCGCAGAGAAAAAAAGGUCAGAAUUGAGUUUAUAUUUCGCAGUUCUGACUUUAGAACUCAUAAUUGUGAGUUUAUAUCACAAUUCUGAGAAAAAAGUCAGAAUUGAGUUUAUAUCACACAUUUCUUAGAAAAAAAUCUGAAUGGUGAGUUUAUAUUGUGCAAUUCUGACUUUAAAACUCGCAAGUGCGAGUUUGUUUCACACAAUUCUGAGACAAAAAUCAGAAUUGUGAGUUUAUAUCAUGCAAUUCUGAGAAAAAAGUCAGAACUGCAAGUUUAUAGCACAAUUCUGAGUAAAAAAAAAAAAAAAAGUCAGAAUUGUGAUUUUAUAUCAUGCAAUUCUGAGAAAAAAAGUCAGAAUUGUGAGUUUAUAUCACACAUUUCUUAGAAAAAAAUCUGAAUGGUGAGUUUAUAUUAUGCAAUUCUGACUUUAAAACUCGCAGUUGCGAGUUUGUAUCACAUUUCUUAGAAAAAAAUCUGAAUUGUGAGUUUAUAUUAUGCAAUUCUGACUUUAAAACUCACAAGUGCGAGUUUGUUUCACACAAUUCUGAGACAAAUAUCAGAAUUGUGAGUUUAUGUCAUGCAAUUCUGAGAAAAAAGUCAAAAUUACAAGUUUAUAGCACAAUUCUGAGUAAAAAACAAUCAGAAUUGUGAGUUUAUAUCAUGCAGUUCUGACCUUAUUUCUCACAACUGUGACUUUAUCUCACACAAUUCUGCGAAAUAGUCAGAAUUGCAAGAUAUAAACUCACAAUUCUGACUUUAUUUCUCGCAAUUGUGAAUUUAUCUCACACAGUUCUGAGAAAAAGUCAAACUUGUGAGUUCAUAUAUCGCAAUUCUGACUUUAUAACUCGCAAAUGUGAGUUUAUGUCUCCCAGUUCUGAGAAAAAAGUCAGAACUGUGAGAUAAAAAGUUGCAAUAACCUUUUUUAUUUUUAUUCAGUGGUGGAAAUGGGCUUCUAUACCACCAGAGGUAAAAAAGAAAAAGGAAAAAGAAAUAGUAACAUAUGUAUGAUAGUUUGAUGAAUAGAGCAAUGAUUUCAUGUGCACUUUUAAAAAUAAUUGUAAAAAAAAAAGUAAAUGUGACAAACACAAUGCAUUGCACAUCCAACACAGCCUUUAAUACAGUUUUAAGUCUGAGCAGAGGAAAUUCAGAGCGCUUUAACCCUUAAAAUGACCCUUACUGUGUGUUCAUUCAUUUCCUUUUGUGUUCAUUCAUUGCAGUUGCAUAUAUAUUACGUAUCCAGCUCUUUUCCAAUUAUUGAUGCCACUAAUGAGUUAACAAGCUAACCUAUAAGUUAACCUCUCAAAAGAUGACCUCUUAUAGUACAUCAGGGAUACAAAAAGCAUACGAAUAAUCAUGCUGCUCAUCGUUUUGGUACGCAGUCUCAGAUCGAGAGGGAAAACGCAUGGAAUCAGCACAAUGUAGAGGACGAGAUAGAGAGAGGCGGUCGUGUCCUCACAUGGCACUUAGUGCAGGAAACACAUAGGGAUUUUCAGGACACCAGCUCCACAGCAGACACACAUACCAGAACUACCACAAGGUGUAAAUAAAAAAAUGCAAAUCAUGCAAUAUAUAUAUUUUUUUGUAAAUGAGAAUAUGUGGUACACUGUGGCUGUUGAUGGAUGAGUGGAGUCACUUUAUGGUCUGUCUCAGUGGUUUAUAAAAACAUGUAGCAGACCUUUAGAUGUAUAUUCAAACUUAAACACGCUAUUAGAAUCGCAAACCAAAGUGGAAGGUGUUAUCGAUUAUUUUAUUUUUUUUGCCAUUACAGUACACCUCUGGUUCAAGCAAUACAAAAAGACAAACGUGACAACACAAUGAGAGAUAAAACUGAUAUUAGACAUUUCUGCUUAUGUUUUCAUGAUCAAAUCUCAUUUUCAAAGUUAUUUCAUAAACAAUUCAUGCUCAUCUUCAGAGAACCUAAUGAACUAUAGCAUAGAUUUUAAAGAAAUGCUUCACAAAUGACCGAGUUGAAUCGUGCAGUUCGAUACACCUGCGGAGAUGGAUUUUCUUUCGUUAUUUUUUUACUUAGUCCAGUUCCAGUGCUGUUUGAAUAGUCAGCAGCAGAUCUUAUGUCUGCUGACUAAAACGGCGUUUGACGGUCUGUUGUGGGGGUAGAUUGUGUGGCACCUGCAAUAUGUAUAGCAGCACAGUCCAAGAUAUAUGUAUUCUGUAUUCUUAUAGUCAACAGACUGUACCAGUAGAAAUAUUUUGACAGUGUACUGUAUGUAUAAAUAACAGAUAUUUAUAGUUACGUAAUAAAGGCGAAUUGGGGAAUCUUUAAUUUUGUACUGCGAGAAAAAGCGAGAGGAUUUGUUCCAAUUUAGAUGUCUUGUUUAUGGAGAAAUACAGUAUAUGUUCUUUCUGCUGUUAGAUGCUCAUGGUAGCAAGGUGUGGUCAUUAGCGAAUAGCAGAAGAUGCGAACUGCUUUUGUAGUAGGUAUGUAUUCUAAACAAUCACCGUAAUCUUUUCUAGAGACCUCAGUGUGGUGUGUAAGCAGCCAUACCAUUGAACAUAUCAUGACUUGGUGCUAUUGCUGAUCUAUUUUGUGGUCCAGACCAGAGAUAACUCACACUUCUCACCAUCUUUCCUCUAGAUUUACAAAGUGAAAGAUAGAAAACCACACAUGAAUACUUAAAAAAUGUACUUUGCGCUACCAAAAACUAGAGGCGAUCGUCGGCAUUUAGAAAAUAUUGGAUCAAGACACUUGGCAGUCAGGAAAACAAACUAUAGGGCCACGUUCACACUGUCAGUUUUUGGGAUUGACAACCGCAUUUACUUACAGGUGUGACUCUCGAAGUGUCCCGUUCACACAGCAGCUUACCAUGUCUACACCGGGUGCGACAAAAUACAGUAGAACCCAUUGUAAUCAAUGAUGCUGUCUACACUGGAUGCGGCGCGACAUGACAAAUUCCUGACAGUAAACUGCUGCCACGUUCUAUUUAUGACGUGCUCACACAAAGUUCAAGUGAUUUGCAAGUUGCAACGGUCGCUUUGUUGCGUCCAGUGUAGACAGACUUUAGCUGUUGCGUCGCAGCCAGUGUAGACACUGUGUUACAGUUGCUUUACGAAUAGUGUCUGUAUGAACAUGCAACGGGAGUCAAACCUGUAUUCCUUAUGAGUGACCAUAGCAACAGAGACCAAAGCAAUAUCUAACGUGGCGUCGUCCGUAAAACUGAAAGUAUCUGUUUCUGACAGGACAAUAGUCGCACUGAAUGACAUGACAGACAACUAGUUCUCCGGUCCUGUUCCGCUCACACAGCGCGUGUGUUCCAAGAAUGCGGUCCUGAAAAUUACAGGUGUGAGUUCGGUUAUAGAACACGGUUGUCGCAACCGUAAAUAACCACACUGUGUGUGAACGUAACCGUAUUAAGGAUUCAAAUAUGGUAUUGACAACCUUAUUUUGCUGCUGUGUGAACGUGGCCUAUGAGGUUAUAGUUGCAGUGCAAAAUAGUUAAUUUUGGGUAGAUUAACAAUGUUAACCCUUUUGGUAGCUUCAUCAUAGAUCGUACUGAUAUAAUACCUUUGCACCAUCACAGUCUUUUUAUUUCAUUUGUAGGAUCGUUUGCAGAUUUGCACAUCACAACAGGACCUCAUUCAGAGUCAAUCAAAUGGCAUUAAAAUGCCAUUACUUUUCAUCGAUGUGGGUUUCAAUCCAUAUGCUGUACACUCUACAUUUGCCUACACAGAAAAUAAAAUGAAUUAAACAAUAAAUUGCAAUCGGAGAUCAUAAACAAGACCAGGAUUUCCUUUUAAGAUGGUUUGAUUUAUAUAUAUAUAUAUACAAUUUCCAUUUUUUUUUUUUUUUUGGUGAACUACUUUUUUCAAAAGUGUCAUUUCUUAUUCUAUAUUACAGGAUGAAUGUUAUUAUCUGACAUGUUGAACAAUACUGGAAUGUGAGAAUCGGCUUUGUAUCAUUUAAUCUCAUUUGUGUUGUUCUCACUGCUGUUCAAUAGCUUCGCUGUAUUGUUUUGAUGUGCUUUCAUGUUUCAGAUACAGUAAAUGACAUUUGAAGCGACACCCAUAGGGUUAACUCUGUUUACCUCUCUUGUACAGUGCUCUUAUUAAUUGCACCGUUCUGUAAUGGUUGCCCUUACGUUAUGAGUUUCAGUCAGUACUUUGAGUGCUAUGGUUUUUCAUUCUCCACUAGCUAUAAAUUGACUAACAGCUAGACUACAUGACCUCAGACACAGUGGAGGAAGGGAAUGAUGCUGUUUGUUUAAAAAAAAAAAAAAGAGAAUCAGAGUUGCUUUAUUCAUCAAGACUAAGGUUAUAGAUUUUACAUAUAUAGAACAGAUAGAAUAGAUUCACGUGGAGCUGCCAAGUAUAUAAAUAAAUGAACAAUUAUAACUAUUUAAAGAAAAAAAGACUACAGUAGUAGAUACUGACCUCACCCUGAACACUUAAAGGUUCACAUCACUCAGUACUGGUACAGCUCAUUGACAUUUUCAGAUGCUAGACCCAUGUAAUUUUUUCCCUGCUUCAAAAAUGUUUUGUAUUUUGAUAUAAUAAAAGAGACAAGAA